UCAUGAAUGCCCAAGUGGACUCAUUACUCUCCACGAGUUUCAAAGGCAUUUCUGUAAUGUAACAGUGGGCAUGCAGUCAGCUGAGUAUGCAGAAGAGAUAUUCCGCACGCUGGACAAAAAUGAGGAUGGGUUAGUAGAUUUCAGGGAGUACGUCAUGGCCAUCAGUAUGCUCGUUGAAGGCUCGGCAGUGGAGAGGCUUCGUUGGUCCUUCAAGCUAUUUGACAAAGAUGGAGAUGGUGCCAUCAUAAGGGAGGAGAUGCUGGGCAUUAUGCAGGCUGUUUAUAAAAUGAAUGAAGCAGUGGAUUUAAAUGAACCAAACUCCCUAACAGCUGAAGAAUGCACUGACCAGCUAUUUUUGAGAUUAGACAAAGACAAAAAUGCCAUCAUCAGUGUGGAGGAGUUCAUAGAGGGAGCGUUGGAUGAUGACUGGAUCAGAAAGAUGCUGGAAUGUGAUCCCUGCACCGUGAGGGUAGAGAGGCCCCCGAAGAGGGACUUGGCAAUGGGAGUCUAGGAUUGAUUGAAACUUUUUUUGUCAAUUCUUGAUUCAAACUUCUUGAUCGAAAUCUCUAGAAAUAAGUUUCUUUCACAUUAUUCAGCUUAUAAAGCUAUAAAUGAGACAGCUGAGACAGUGAUGCCUGUGUUACAUUUCUGUGUUGAUGGUGGUUUGCAUAUGUAUUAAGAUUUUGGAUAAUGUAUAUUUAUAAUAUUUAUUAUUUGUUUGCUUGUUUGAAGAGAUGAUCCAACAAUAAUAAUAUAGUAGCUAAUCUUAUGCAUUAUAGCAUUGUGUGCAGAUAAUGUUUUGUAAAAAUGGGAUGCAACGUGGGCGGCACGGUUUGCAUGUUGCCUUUGCAUGUUCUCCCGCGUGCCUACAUAUUGCCCAUAGGUCUGAGCAUGUCUGUGGAUGGUCUGUCUAUGUGUGCCCUGCAAUUGGCUAGCACUCAGUUCAGGGUGUCCCCCACCUACUCCCAGAAGUCAGCUAAGAUAGACUUCAGCACACCUGCAACAUUGUAAGGAGAAGUGAUUCAGAAAAUGGAUGGAUGGAUGGAUGGAUGGAUGGAUGGAUGGAUGGAUGGAUGGAUGGAUGGGUGGGAUACCUAGUGGGAUGCACCGUCCAAACAUGGAUUUGUUUUUGCACCAAGUAUACAAGCGCAGAGUGGGAGCUAUGAGGUACAGUUGUAAUCAAAGUCUGGCAGUGAGCAUAGAAGCCUACACAGAUAGAAGAAUGUACUCAAGCAAAAACUCGAACGCAACCUUGUUCAGGUUUCAUUCUGCAAUAUUUUUUUAAAAUGAGUAUUUCAGGUACCUGACUAGAGUUGCACCAAACUAAAUAUACAAGUAAAUACUAUAUGCUCUGAAAAGUACAACAGCACAUAAAAAAUACCGUUGAUGGCUGAGCUGUACGAAU